AUGUGGCUCAAGAAACUGCAACGUAGAACGAAGACCACUCCAACAGAAGACCUAGUUCAGAGCCUCAACGCCGAAGUUGAUGACGCAUUGAAACCGGCGUGGGCCGAAUAUAAAAUCGUUCCGGUAACCGACAUUCGGCCCCAGGACGUCGACACAGUAUUCAAGGUCCAAAGGGCAGAAAGAGUAUGGACAAAGAAAGAAACAGAGAUACCACCCGUUUCUGACACUCUCACGUCCAUAAUCAAAGAUCAUGCACUAGCAACAGGAUAUGCAAUGCCAAAUGCUGCACUGAACAGCGCACGGAUCGGUCCCAUCCUUCUCAUGACACUUGCUCAGAUGAAGUGGGAGGAGCGGGUAUCAGCCGAACCUACUAUCUCUUACGAGUCGCUUUGUUUUCGCUUCAACGAGAAGAUUAGCUUCCCAUGUCUACUCAGCAGCAGGGGCUUUCUAGUAUCUGGAAUGGCUAAUUAUACACUAUGGUUUGGAGGUCGGGAACAAGAGGAAGCGGGUCUCGUGGUGCUUGUCGAACCGCUCGGGGAGGUUGACUUUUCUAAAACAUUGAUAUAUGCAGCCAUGAUGCAUCAUGGGCGAAGGAUAGCUCGUCACGCUGACACUGUCAUUUACGGGAUUGCUACAGAUGGGGAUCUUUGGGGGUUUAUCCGCCUAGGUGAUGAUGCACGGUACAUAUCCUGCUAUCUCGAGUGGGAUACCGAUCAAGCUGAGAUUAUAUCCAUGAUUCGGGGGAUUAUAGAGCGUGCCGCCACUAAUCGUUUCAAGGCUAGUUCUAAUACAAUAGACACACACAACAGUGAUUUUAGGGCUAGUUAA